GGGAAAUCUAUAUAUAUCCGUGGCAAGAUCGAUGAAUCCAUUGAUCUCGCGAGGAUUUUAGCGCCGACGCGGAAAACGCGGAAGCGAAAAAGGCAGAUGCGUUGAACGCUGAAUGUGUAUUGGAAAGAAGGGGAACAUUGUUGUCGGUGAUGGGGUGCCAGAGGCAAGGGGACUGAAAGAGAGUAUAACACACACUACUUGCUCUACGUACACUAAAUAUUUAACGUAACGUUUCGUUACAUUUAGCUACAAGUAUCGUACGUGUGCUAGUAACUGGUGGUUUAUGUACGUAGUGGGAUCGCCGGAUCAGUCAUCGGUCCCGCGCCGCGCGCCCGGUUCUCUGAUAACUCCUCAGUUCCUCAGUCAGUUGUCCUCGAGUCUUUGGAUUCACCAGUUCGUCAGUGAGUGCUGAGCCAGUUUGAGAUCAACCCAACAGUUUUAUUCAAUUGUCAUAACGCAGCUCACGUGUCAAUUGUUGAUAUCGAUUAACGUUACUUACCUAUUUGGAGUUCACUUGUCUAUUGUCUAUUGACUGCUCUGAAAGGUUCGCUGGUCAGGAUGGCCGAUAGAAAGACUGAGCACAUUGUGAUGACGCCUAAGUCCAAGACUGCUAAAUCAACGACGUUAAUUAUUGAACGUCAGGCACUGGAUCCUCCUGAGCGUAUCAACGACCAGCAAGAUGUUCAUAUAGCUGGUGGCGACCACAAAGGAAUUGUCAUUAACAAACACGCAGUUGCUGUUUCAAAUGGGAUUUAUAAUCCGGCCCACGUUUGUCUUGAAUUUCGUGUAUUUUUAGUAAGCGCGCAAACUAAAAAACAUACACAGGAAUCUCGUACAUUACAAUUUUGGUUUAUUAAUUCGUUAUCUGAAGCAGAACAUCCUAGUGUUGCUCAAGAAUUUUUUCGAGAGCUUGUUAGUCCACAAGAAUUUCCUCGAGAUUACGUGGGAUUCAUUAAAAAAAUAAUGAAACUGAUGCAGCAUAAGUAUCCUAGUAUUAAAAAGCUAGAAGUUGAAUUAAAACAACUGGAAGAACCUAUUACGCUACCUACUAGGCCGUCUCAAACUGGCUACUCUCUGUUCACACUUCCUCGCUCUAAGAAAAGUGUUCGGAUAGCAGUGUCUGCUGAUGAAACAAUAAUGGGACAGUCUGUUGAAUUGACGGCUGAAAAAGUACUUGAGUUAAUUGAAUCUGCGUAUCCAAAUCCCGUAACUGUGAUCGAUAUUGCCAAACAAUACAAUUGGGAACCAAAUGCAGUAGAAGCGAUAGUGAACGAGUUGCAAACUAAAGGACUAGUUAAAGCAAUGGAACAUGGCGCGUUUACUCGCGUAGCUCAUGAAGACACUCAGAUAAAAGUUGUCAAACAAAUGCCAACAAUGGCAAGUGCUAAACAACCAACAAUAGCAAUUAUCACUGCUCAGUACUGCGAGAAACUUGCCGUUGACUCGAUGAUUGAAAAUAAGGAAACUUUUGUUCGUUACACUACUGUCGGUACUGCAAGUUCUCCAGAUUCUACUGAUGGUGUACCCCGAGUAAUUUGCCGAUUUGGUGAGUCUAACGUAUAUACACUAGGUAAUAUCGGUGAUCAUCGGAUAGUAUGCACAAAAUUACCGCGAGUUGGCCAUGAAAGAGAAGCUAUGACUGCCGCGGGAAAUACAACGACACGAUUACUCGGAACCUUCCAAAAAGUUGACUACGUCUUUCUGGUGGGUGUCGGUGGUGGAGUACCUCAUUAUACCGAUUACAACAAACAUGUGCGACUAGGUGACGUCGUCGUGUCUUAUCCAACACCAAUGACAAAAAAAUAUGUGUAUAUUUAUUGUGAAGGCGCUAAAUUUAAUGAGGAAGACGGCAGUUAUCAUUUUGAUACCAAAGAAUACUGUCCUGUUAAUUUGGGACUCCAAGAGUUGGCGAUGAAUAUUAAAAAGCAGGCUGAGGAUGAAUCAAAUGUACCAUGGAAAAAAUAUUUAAAAGAAGGCCUUGAAAACUUGGACAAUCUUCAAUCAGAGCAUGACUUUAAACAACCGCCUUUAGAGUCUGAUAAAUUGUAUAUGGCUAUCGGAGAUCGGGAUGUCAUCGAAGUUGCACAUCCGGCCGCUCCACAAGACACUCCGAACAAAAGGAUGAUCGGGUGCCCCCGCAUGCACUUGGCAUCAAUUGCUUCCGGUAGACAGAUAUCCCGGGACGAUCAAUUGAGGCAGAAAUUUGCAUCGCGAUUUGGCUGUCUGGCUUUUGAUGGAGAAAUGGAUGCUGUCGUCGAAAGUAUACUGGGUAACUGCAGAGACAGCUUUGCUGUGGUACGAGGAAUUUGUGAUUACAAAGACGGUUCGCGGGGCAAAGAAUGGCAGCCUUAUGCCGCUUUGGCGGCUGCCAGUGUAGUAAAGUCGAUUAUUUGCUCGAUGGACCCCCCGACUAAUGUUUAAUUUUUAGACUUUAUUAAUUAAUUAAUUAAUUAGAGACUUGAGAUAAUUUAUUGAUAGUAAUAUAUUUGAAAAUAAAAAGUUUAAGAGUAUUGAGUAUUAUGUAGAGAUUUAAAGUUAGCUUGCGAUUAAUCAUAAAUAAUAAAUCAAACUUGCAUAAUAAAAAUGCGUAUAUUAGAUUUAGGUCAUUAAAUAAUAAUAGUUAUUUAAAACAAAAAGUA